UAACAUCGUUGUUGCUGAAGUGCGCGCGCACAGUUACAUAAGAUUGCGCCGCGUGCGCACGCGACUAGUGCAGCUUAGAUUUCAUGUCAGUGUAGUGCCUGAAAUAUGUUAUUCGGAGCAGCAUGUCUGCUGCUGCUGGCCGCCGUGCGCGCCGACAACUGGCGCUGGCCCGACAACGCGCGGGCCGCUUCCGUGCGCAUUGACACCAAAGUUCGCUUCGUGGACGACGAGAGACGACCGAACAAAGUGCAAGCGGACGAGAUCAAGCCUCCAGUGGAGACCGAAGGGUUCUACAACCGUCCCGCGGACGGUGCUGCGUCUGGUCGAUAUGCGGUCUCAACUGAGAUUCAUCCACAACGACUCACGGCUCAUGACCUUGAGCUGAUGAAGCUCGUCAGGCCCCAGCAGCAGCAUUAUUCGGACGGCACCCUGGACUCGCUGCAGUACUGCAAGUGCGUCAGCUCGCUCACCUCCUCCUGCCACACGAACGCCAACUCCGAGAGAGCGUGUCCUACCGGGCAAAGCCUCUGCUGCUACAAAAGACCGAAUAGAAACCCACACAACAGCGAUUCAGGGAUUUUUAGUGAAUUAGACGAUGAGCGGCCCAUGCUCCUCCCAAGCCACGAGAGCAGACCCGGGCUCUUCGGGGCCCCCGACGACGACCUCAUCGGAGCCCUGAAGCCCGCUGUCAACGGGUACCAGCAAGGAGGGGAGUACCGUGGCCUACUGUUUGGACCUGGAGGACCCACGGGAAUUAUAGGACCGCGCCGACGAGAAAAUAAAGUCUAUGUGGGACCAACCAGCCCCACUGGGCACAUAGGACCCGGAUUGAACAAGCAAGUGUUGGUCAGCCCGGAAGGACCCACCGGCGUUAUUGGUCCUACUCGCGGUGGAAGAUAUCAAGAUGAAAACCGCCCUGGCGUUCUAGUCGGACCUGAUGGACCUACAGGUGUUGUUGGCCCCAAUCAUGGCGAUAAUCAACAUCACCAUAACAAGUAUCCUGGCGUUUUAGUUGGGCACGAUGGACCUUCAGGUGGGAUAGGUCCAAAUUACGUCGACAACAGAAUUAAUUCCAACCAGCGCAAUCCUGGAAUAUUAGUCGGUCCAGGUGGACCGACCGGUGCCAUCGGGCCUAACGACCACGAGAACAGUUUAGCAGGGAAUCAGCGUCAUCCAGGAGUUUUAGUCGGUCCCAAUGGACCCACGGGUGUUGUUGGUCCAGGACAUCGAGACGACAGAGAUUUCACCACACAAGGCUUUAACCAACAUCCCGGUGUAUUAGUGGGUCCUGAAGGUCCCACUGGUCACAUAGGCGUGCCUCAAGUACUCGUCGGUCCGGGAGGGCCAACAGGCGGCAUCGGGCCGAAUCACAAGAAAGGUGCGUCUGAAGGUUCGGAAAGCGCGCAAGUUUUGGUAGGUCCGGGUGGUCCUACUGGGAUUAUAGGGCCGGGCGGCAGGCGGGGACGGUGGCAAACGGGACCGGGUAUUCUCAUCGGUCCGCGUGGCCCCACAGGUAUUAUAGGCCCCGGACAGCGGCUGCUCGUGGGCCCCGGGGGGCCUACUGGCGUGGUGGGUCCCCGUGGAGGCCGCGGGUACGGUGGCUACGCAGGCUACGGUGGGUACGGCUUCUAGUGUCUGUGAUAAUCUAAGUGACUAAUAACACUUAAUAAUCCAUGUGCGCGAGUGUUGUAUAAAUAUUAGUGUAGCUAACGAGCCAUAACGCUAGUGACGACGGACGCUUGCCAUACGCUUGUUGAAGGCUUAGUUGAAGAUUUAAAUUAAGGAAUUAAUUCUUGCAGGGUGUCCGAAAAGGAAGGUUUAUCGGCAGAGAAAGAUACAGAAGUGGGCAUGAUGAAUAAAUGUAUU